AUGCGUGUGUCAAAGGUCUUAGCAACGGUGCUGCUGGGGUUCGCUGUGGUGGAGGCAGCGAAUAGUGACCAGAGUCAGGGGGGCCAAGCCUCAACGGAUGUCAGCGCGGACAGCAACAACAAUGGAGGAGGCAAGGCGAACCAGAAGCAAGCACAAGGGGGCAGUGACAAUGGCGCCAGUAAUGCGAAGAAUCAGGACAAUAGUCAGGCUGCCGGCAACGACAACCAGCAAGGCGGCAAGAAGUCCCAAGACCAACAAAACCAGAACCAAAAAGGAGCAAACCAGGGCAACAAGAAUGGCGGCAACAAGAACAAUGGAGACAACGGUCAGGGCGCUCAACAGAAUGUGACACAGGGUCUUCAGCCUCUUCCUGGCAAGCCAGAAGCGGUACAGCAGUUACAACCUCUGCCAGGCCUUGCAUCCGCACCGCCCGGCGCGCUGCAGAGCCUCAAGCCUCUGCCGGGAGCCCAGGCGAACGGGACCGCAAGCCUCAAGCCCCUGGGCGAGAACACGGCGCCUCCACCGCCGGGAUCGGCGUCUUCGACCGUUGACCUGGCCCAGCUGACAGCCAUCGCGAACUCGGCGAACGGCGCCGGAGCAGCCGCAGCGACUCCGGGGACGUUCUCGAACAGCACCGGCACCGGCUCCGCGGCGGCACCGCCGCAGCUGCUCAUGCCCCCAGCCGAAGCGUCCGCCCCGUCCGCGAGCACGCCGUCCGCCACCCCUGCCGCGUUCAUGACGAUCCCAGGCGGCGAGGCCCCGAAGGCAACGGCCGCGCCGCCCGCCGAGAUCCUGCCGGGGGCCGCCCCGCAGCAGGCCGCGAACCUGGAGCCGCUGCCCGGCAGCGUCUCCUCGGAUGCGAGCCUGAUGGCGCUUGCGCCGCAGACAAUGACGACCAUGACCCUCACGGUCGCCGCCACCGACGGCAGCACCGUGCUGGCCACCAUGACCGCCCCUGUGAACGCCACUGCCGCGCCGGUCAGGAACUCCAACUCCACCGCUGCGGGGACGGUGCAGGUCGCUGGGGCGUCGUCGUCGAAGAACUCCGGGACGGCGGGCGUGGUGGUUGUUUUGAGUGGUGUGCUGGGAUUGCUAGGGUACUUGAUGGGAUGA